AUGCGUUACAAACGUAUCCGCAGUUUCUUAUUCAUUAUUUUUACCGAAAGAUUGCAACACAUCGUCUUGGACGUAGUGACGAUGAAGAUUGAAGAAGCCACCAGGAAAUCGCUGAUAAAAGUGUUACAACCAGACUCUGGUUAUGCUCCGAAUUUUAUCACAUUUUGUUCAAAAUUCAAACAAUAUUACUUUCAUGUUUUUUGUCUUUUAUAUGCCGAAAAGUGUGGCGUUCCAUUACCAGAAAGACCGAUGACAGUAACUCAGCAACUGAGAGAACAAACUGCUCUUAUAACUUUUUGCUCAUUUAUGUGCCGAAAAUCGAAAAUUCGCCCUAAAUUAUUGCCAUAA